AUGGGCAUGUUUAAAAAACACUCGAGGAAGGCCUCACAGGCCAUCAAAAACGCCACAAAGACUGCGCCUCCCCCCCCUCCACCCCCCGCCGCCACGCCAGCUGCAGGCCCUCCUGCCCCGACACGCUCGAGCUAUGCCGGAAGCGAAUGCAGCGAUGACAAGAGAACACUCGAAGAGAUUCUCAGCGGGGCUCUGUCGGCGGCGGAGUUUCUCCAGGAAAUGAUGAAGAACGGCGGCCACCUGGAAGACGCAUUUUCCUCCUCAGAUGUGCACGCACUCGACGAGUGCACCUCCAUGCUCGCCGGAUGUGCCUCUCUGUGUGGACACAAACAGAGGAAGUUGCAAGAGGAAGCCGCAAAGGCUGUAGACGACGGAAGAAUGGACGACUUCGCGACCACCAGCAAGGUUCUAGAUCAACUGAGUCAUGCACUGGAGGCGUACGAGACCGGAAAGCGCCGCUUGGAGCUCUGGCGCCGAGAGACGGCUGAAGGGUCUUCUGCGGGGCGAGAGAAAGCGUCUCCUGCCGCAACCCCACAGGCGCAUGUCUCCGACGAGGCCGCAGCGUCUCCGGGAGCUCCGUUCGCUUUUCCUUCUCAGUCUCCCUGGGAAGCCGCCUCUCCGACAAACACGCGGUCAGAGCCGCGCUCGGCAUUUUCAAUGCCUCUGGGGGACGACGCUGAGUUCGGAGAAGACGAUGAGUUGAAGAAUGGAGACGCUCGACCGCAGGCUUACGAGCCUUUCGUCCCAGCAGAGAACCUCGACUGGGAGCUCCAGAAAGAUAACGAGGAAGCAGACGGACAGGCGUCUGUCUCUGCGGCGAGUUCGGCCGAGAGAAAGGAGGACAGAAAAGAGAAGGAGAAGAAAGAGAGGGACAAGAAAGAGAAGGAGAAAAGAGAAGGCGACGGCAGACGAGGCGAAGUUCGGGGAGUCGCUGAGUUAUUGCCGCAUACGGAGUCGGUUGCGAGUGUGCGCAGGGAAGACGAAGAACCGGCGAGAGAUGACGAGAAGAAGGAGAGAGAGCGGAGGAACGAGAAGAAAGAGAAGAAGGAGAAGAAAGAAAAGAAAGGGAAGAAGGAAGUUGAGGUCGUCGGAUCCGGUGACGGGGAGAGAAGCGACGAUGGCGCCUCCGUCGGGAGCGGGAAGCAGAGAAGAAGAGAGGGGAGCGACGCAGCAACCUGUCAAACUUUUCCUGCUUCCUCUGUGGCGAGAAACGAGUCUGUCAAGAAGGAAUCUUUAAAAGGAAAACAUGUCAAACACGUAUCUGUUAACGAAUCCAUCGAGAAUGACGCCGCUUCUCUGCCGGGGCCUUUUGCAGCGACUCCGGUGGGAUGGCCUGAGUCUACGAGUGAGCCUGGAGAGACCGCCGAAGACUUUCUGGGCGAGUGCGAGGAGACAGGAGCGCUUCUAACACCCUUUCAACGCACUCGAAGUUUCUUCGAGAAUCAGGCCAAGAAGAACGCGCGAGCUGCAGGGACCAACGGCCCCGCCGACUGCAGCCGCCGUCCUCUCGGCGAGAAGAAAGAAGCCAAAGGCGCGGAACAGAAACAAGACGAAGAUCUCUUCAAAUGGGAUGCCGAAGGGAUCGGCUUCGACGCCUUCGACGACGGGUCCGUGUGGGAGCAAGAACGCGUUCGAGAGAACAAGCGAAAAACCGAGGCUUCGCCUCUCCUAGAGAUGAACGCAUGGAAUCCACCGUCGCUCUUCACAGUUGCAGAGGAAAGGAAGUCGGAAUUAGAGGCCGAAGAAAGCCGUCCAGCUCGGUCUUCCCGACUUAAAGCGACUUCCUCUUCUUCCUCUCCACUGCAGGGGCCUCACGAUAAAAGGAAGAAGGAAACAAAGAAGGAAGGGAGACGGAAACCUGGCGAGUCUUCCGCGGUGGAUAGUCAAAGCAACAGUCAGAAAAGUCGGUCUGUGGGUGGAGAGCCGGCCUUUGUCUCGUCAGCCACAGGAUCCCCAGAUGCAAAGGAGAGAAGAAGGCGUCGCGAAGGGGCGGCGGGGAUGCGAGAGAGCAACUUCCCGUCUCCGUUUCUUUCUUCCGACUUAAAGGAGAGACAGGCUCCGGAGGGCAGAGACACGGACCUCUUUGGCGACCCAGGAAGAGAAGAGUUUCAGGCGAGAGAGGACGGUGAGGAGAGCGAAGGAGGCGAAGACUUCGACUGGAUCCGCGCAGCUUCUUAUCCAGUGUUGCCGUCGCAGCCUUCGAGUCCCUGUCAAGUGGCACAAGAGAGAAACGCGGACGGUAGCGGUUUCUCCACCCGUCGCGGGGGAGAACGACAGAAAUCUUCCCCGGUAACAUCUCUCGAGAGAGAGAGACAGGUGAAUCUUUCGGCAGGCUCACCGUCUUCCUCGCCAAGACGGAGUCGGAGAUCGGCUCCUUCUCUCUCGCGUCCUCGCUGGUCUGUCGGCAGAGGAGACGCCUCUUCUUUGUCGGCGGGAGAUGCGAUCCCUCGUCGAGGGGAUGUGGAUAGAGCAGGACGGAGAGAAGCCGUCUCCUUGGCUUCACCAAACUCGACGUCUCCGCAGCAGUCGCACUCGACUCACUCCCGAGCGUCUUCUCUCUUCUCUCCGCGCCUGACGCCGAACGACUUCGACACAGCUGCGGCGCGGGCGACGCGCGAAGGGAGGCCCUGCGGAUCGAGGAAAGGCGAACCCCUCUCCAGUUUUGAAGACUUUGAGUUCUUCACGACUGCCUGCUCCGAUCAAGACGUCCCCAACGAUUCCCCUUCCUUCCCUUCUCACUUCACGCCUGUCUCCAGCCUCGCGUCCGGUGUCUCUGCACCUUUCUCAGCUGUGGGUGCUGCGUCGGCGGACGCUUCGGGGCUCGGUCGACGGCGCGACGGGAGAGCGGGCGAGCGAGAAGGAGACAGUCCCUUUCGUCUGUCUGCAGACCGAAGGGUGAGGCCGGAGAGGGGCACCUGGGGUGUCUUCCCCACAGUCUCCGGAGACAGAGAGACAGACACCGGCUCUGUCUCCAGGCGCGAAAGCCGCGUCUACGCCGGGACUUGCGAGGCUUCUGUGCACACCCAGGAGAAGCCCAGAGGACGGGGAGGCAGAGAAAAAGAAAAUGGCUUUUCCUCUUCUGCCAGGGAGCCGGGUCUCGAGGUCGACAGCGGACAGAAAAGCGAGAAGAGAAGCGGGAGGAGGCACGACGAAGCGACGCGACUAGAGGAGCAGGUGAAGCUGCUCGAGGAGCAAGUUGAGGUGCUUCGGCGGCGAGAGAACGAGCACUUGGCGAGACUCGAGAGAGAGCGAAGAGAGGCGGAGAAGCUCCGACGGGAGAUGAAGGAUGCGUUCGACAGAAAAACGCGAGAGUGGGAAGAAGAGCGAAAAACCUUUUUCAAGAAAGAAGAAGAACACGUCGCGAAGCUGCAGAAUCUCAGCGGCCGCCUCGUCGAAGCCGACGAAGAAGCGAAAACACGAAGAGACGAAAGCGAACGACUCAAAAUCAACCUCCACCAAAAGUGUGCCGCCCUCGAUAACGCGAAAGACAUGUGGCUGAGAGAGAGUUCACGCGCCUCUGCCCUCUCCGACAGACUCGAUGAGGCGGAGGAGAAGAUCUCAGAUCUGGAAGCGAAGCUCGCGUCUCUCUCGACCAAGUACGCAGCGAGUUUGCGAGAGAUCGAGUCUUUCAAAGUUCUAGUCGAUCCCCGUACGUCGUCUGGACCGUCCGGGCGGUCUGCUCGACCUUCUCCCGGGCCUGUUUCUUGCCAAACCAGCUGCGCAAGUGUCUCUCCGAGCGUCUCCAGUUUCCUGCCUUCUUCAGCAAUAUCGCCAUUCUCUCCCGACAUCUCUCGUAGCACUAGAAGCGCGCUCAAGCCUUUGUCGGCGUUGUCGUCUUCGUCCCUCCACCCGGCAGGUGUGUCUUUCGGGGGAGCCGAGAGACAGAACGGAGACAGUGUCGCGAGCAACAGCGUGUGGGGAGAUGAGAGGCCAGAAGGAGACAGACGGCUUUUCUCGCGUCAAGAGGCCUGGGGACGGGGAAGCGAAGAUCAGAGAGUCGCCAGAAGACACGAACUGGCAGAAGUUUCCCAGCUGGUCAAUGGAUUCGGAGAAGACAAUAUGGAGGGCGACCCUUCGACCCUGCCCCCGUUCUCGCCGUACAGCGCAUCAGCAACUGCCGGGCAGUCAUCGUUCCCUGCUCACGCGUUUUCUCUGUCGAGGCCUUCCUCCCUCGCUUCUUUGGAGAGUCGAAACGGGAGAGAGCGAACAGAGGUGAAGCACCCCCGCAUCGUUUUCGUCAGGGAUCAUCUGCGUCGCCUUCUCCUCGUCGACGACGCGCUGCUCUUCGAAGACGACACCUUGCAGAUUGGAGUAAAGAGCGUGUACGAAGGCCUGAAGGGUCGAGUGUCUCUGUACUACGGCAACAAGACAAGCGGCCUUCUUCAGAGCUUUGCCACUGCCUUUUUAAAUCCUCAAGGAGAGUCUCUCCUUCUGCAAACUUCGGCCGUGCCUGCCGUCCUCGCACCCAAGCAACAGAUUUGUCAAGAAAUUGCGCUUGAGUGUCUAGCUCCUUUCGACGAAUGGCCUUCGCUUCGACUGGAUUUCUUGCUGGCUGACAAUACCCCACGCAGUGUUGAGGUCACGCUUCCGAUCGCCGUCACGAAAUUCAUGGAAGGUCGCGAAAUGGGUGCCGAGGAGUUUUUCGUUUUUUGGAAAAACGAGAGAUUCGUGUUGAAGGAAACCUCCUGCGUGCUUAAUCUCCACUCUCGCUUCCGCGGGUCUCUUCUCGCCGUCGCACAGGCGUCGCAGCUCGGUCGCGCGCUGUCUCUGUGUCGAAACGUAGACCCGAAUCCAGAGAACCUCGUUCUGGCUGGCGCCUUCCCUCCCAGUGUCUGCGACCAAGCGAUUCCCCUCUCCAUUGCUCUCGUCCGGUUGGAAAUCGGCCGCGGCAGACACCACGGGAAGUGCCGCCUCGUCGUUCGCUCCGACUGCCACGUUCUGAGUCAGGGAAUUCGCGACCUCAUCAGUCUUCAAGUGGCCACACCCCAACCGGCGCCUUUGCCGCUCUCUUCGAGCUGAAACGACGAAAUGCAAACAAAUGUCGAAACCAGCGGUCUAACAAGCCGUGAAACCUGGAAAAAGAAAUCAGGGAAAACAGCAAAAAUCGCGAAACGGGCAACAUAUCUAUCCAGGCGCGCAUAGGCAUAUACAUAUAUACAUAUAUAUAUAUAUACAUAUAUGCAUGUAUAUGAAUCUGUGUUGCUUGGGAGCGAGCAGGUCCAUGUGGAGAUGUGAGAAACUUGGACUUGGCUCUUUUCUAGAUUUGCUUGUGGAUCAGACUUUUCAAGGCAGUGGAGGAACGAAAGGGGAUGCCUAAGUGCGUUUCCAGCCCCAGUGGAAACAAAGGGCGUCCUCAUUUGUUUGCUCCGAGUGCGAACACGCAUGCGUCUACCCACAUGCAAUUUUUUUCUGGGCUGUCUCUGUCUCGCCGGUUCGACCGGGCUUUUCCUCAUGCAGCGGCCGCUUCAUACGUAUAAUUUGUGCGCACACGCAGAGAUAUGCGUAUAUAUAUAUAUAUAUAUAUAUAUAUAUAUAUAUAUAUAUGCACAUGACCGGAUCCCCUGCUUAUGAACUGUUGUUUCCGGUGAAUUGUGUUGAGGUGAACGGAGGUGGUUUCUCCGCAGAGAAGGGCGACGAAGAGAAGGGAAGUGGCCCGUCUCUAGGCAUUGCGCAAUGCCCCGUUGUCGUGCACAGUUAUCGAUUUCGAUCGGCGUUGUGGCGAGUCAUAUUUUACGAGAAGCUGCCGCCGUCUCCGCCCUCGUUUUCUCUACUUUCGGUGUCCGUUUGAUGGGUUUCGUACAGCCAAAAACGUCCCGAGUCUGCGUUUGAGGAUGUUUCGUUCGCGCCCGUCAGCUUCAUGUGGCACAAACUGCUCUCCCAGGUGCACGUACACCUCGGGCGGCCUCCCACACCCAGAUGGAUGAACCUGAAGACCAUCGGGCGAUGAAUUCCAUAUUUACUGC